AAAUACGUACUAUAAUUUUAUUGAUGGAAGUUAAUAAGGACGAAGCGAUUCGUUGUCUUCAAAUUGCUAAAGAUCAUCUAUCUUCGGGUAAUUUGAAUUCAGCUCUGAAAUUCACAAAAAAGUCUAUAUCCUUAUAUCCUACACCAGAUGCAAAAGCAUUACUAAAAACGCUGGAGACCACCAGCUUUUCAGAGUUAGGCGAAACUGAAGCGCCAACAUCAUCUUUUUCGUCAUCAAGAGAGCACAUUCAAGGAAGACAGCCCCGAGAUUAUAGUUCAGAGCAGUUAGAGGCAGUAAAAAGAAUCAAGAAUUGUGGUGCACAUGAAUAUUAUAAAGUGCUUGGUUUGGACAAAGAUGCUAGUGACGCUGAUAUAAAAAAGGCAUAUAAAAAGUUGGCCUUGUUGAUGCAUCCUGACAAGAACGGUGCCCCGGGAGCUGAUGAAGCCUUCAAAAUGGUUAGCAAAGCCUUUCAAGUGCUGAAUGACCCCCAAAAACGAAAAAUAUUUGAUGAAUAUGGUGCCGAUCCCGACUCGAGAGGCACCAAUUUACCUAAUCAGGAAUUCAGAUUUAAAGGUUUUUCGAAUGGAAUGGUCUUUGCUGAUGAAAUAACUCCGGAAGAACUAUUUGAAAUGUUUUUUGGUAAUGAUAUGAUGAUGGGAAGAG